AUGGAUGAGAUACGGCUGUCCAUCACUAACAACAGACGGAUUAUGGACUCAAAUGUCAUGUUUUUCACCGAAACAUGGUGGAACAACAGCUGCACGGACAAUGCUAUCGAGUUAGCAGGACGCUACACACACCAAGCUGUCAGGCUAGCAGAUGACUCCGGCAAGACCAGAGGUGGAGAUAAUGGAGUCAAAUCUGGCGCCUGUGUAGAGCACUCAAAACCCAUGAAGGCUUCCAGGGCUCACGAUGCACUCCACAAGGAACUGCUCCUGGCACAUAAGAAGGGUUUGGCUCUGAGCAGCAGAUCAGAACUUCAGCAGGUGCUUGAGAGGAGGAAAAGGGAACAGAGUUACCAGGAUGAGGAUCAACAUAGUAGGACUCCUCUGGAGAAAGUCCUACUCAGACGUCAGCAGAAACAGCAUGAGAGAGAGAAAAAACAAGAUGAGGAGGUACGAGAGGAAUCCCAGCUGAUGGAGUUUGUUAGAGUCCGACAGAACUUAAGAAAGAUCCACGCCGUGGUCCAGGACAAGAAUGCAAACUCGUGAACUGUUAUUGAAAAAUAUGAAAAGAUUUAUUGUUUCAUUUCACUUUAUUCAAUGUCUGAUGUCCUUUACAUGUAAAAACA